CUUCCUCGGCGGCAGGUGGCAGCAAUCCAUUGCUGUUCUUUCCCCUCUGCGUUUCUUCGGAAUGACCAGAGAUAACCAAAGCCUCUUGGGCAAAUAAUUGUAAACUGAGACAGUCAGGGCAGCAAAUAUGUCAGAACAAGAACUUGGGCGAAAGUGGGACCGCUGCUUGGCAGACUGUGCUGCUAAGAUAGGAGCUGGACUUGGCUUAGGAAUCGUCUUUUCAGUGGUUUUCUUCAAACGUCGCACGUGGCCAAUAGCCUUUGGUACGGGUUCUGGCCUUGGCAUGUCCUAUUCAAACUGCCAGAAGGACCUGAGGGCUCACUAUCUCCUCUACAAUAACAUUCCCAAGGAGGAAUAGCUGUGGUUCGUCAAGGACAUCUUCUUUGUGAUUCGUCGAUUGAUCUCAGAGACUUUCUGUCAUGCUGUUUACCGACUUGUUUGCCGGUGCCGGAGCCCUCCAUGUGCCUAAGCGAGACUGACAUUGUUUAUUUUAAUAAGAUAUUUAUUAAGGAAAUGAAAGGACCAUGGGGCAUAUGCAAUGCUUUUUUUUCCUAAUGAGUGAGAAAAACUACAACCAAAUUGAUGAAGAUGUUGAUUGUCUGUAAAUCAAAUGGAGGUGUAGUCAAAUUGGAGAAUUGAUUUGAGGUUUGAUUUGUUUGUUUGGUUGUUAUUUUGUUUUGUUUGACAGUUAUCAGUUUGAGAGUUAUCAUCAAACAUAAUCAGAUGGGUAUGCUGCUUUUGUUUUGUUAAUUGUAACUAGACUGAGUGACAUGGUUGUGCCAGCCAUGAGUAAGAAAGGCAUGUAAAGACAUAAUGUACGUGAGUGUGUUGUAAGCCAUACAGUAGUGGCAGUUGCAGUCAUUCUUUCUUUAAUGUCACCUUGCACUAAACUAAAUGGUGUGUUGAAGCUUCAUUACAUUCAAUGGAAUUUGUAGAGAGAAGCGGGUUCUAUAAUGCUUUCAUGGCUAGAAAAUAAAGGCUGUUUUUCUGUAAAUGUA